GGAACCUAAAUAUCAGAUAGCAUGACCUACCCACCAUCUGCUAAACACCGUAUACUCGAAAUAGAAAGCAGCAAUACAGAAAUGGCCCCCAACUGCAAGGGUCCAACAUCAGCCACGGCAACGCCUCAGCCUAGUCUUAGCGCCGUCAUCCUGCACCGCAGCUCUCUCCAAAUGUCCUCAUCUUACGAAGUCACCUCCAAGCACCCGAUAGACACUCACAUGGGACGAUAGUAACCGAAAUACAUGGCUACUAUCAUGACACCCUAGAUAUUGUUCGUCUGUCGCCAGAGACACCAAACGUUACCUCACCAAUCCUGGCUCCCGCUAGGAUACGAGACAUCAGCCGGCCAUGGCUCACGGCUGGACAUCUCCCAGCGCCCCGAGUUCCACCGCACUCCUGGCAAUAACCUCAGUAUUUACCGUGACUUCUCUAUCGGCCGUGACGCUUCGAUUUUACGCGCGAAAAUUAGCGCGACUGGACCUACUCGCAGAUGACUGGCUAGCGCUUGCUGCACUGAUAUGCACCUUGGUUUACAAUAGUACUCUACUAGCAGGAACAUCCCGCGAUAUCAUCGCAAACUACACCCACCCCACAGCUCAAACUGAAGUUGCAGCAAGGAAAUAUCAACUCGCCCUUCAAAUCAUCGAGAUCAUCGCCCUCGGCCUGACCAAGCUGAGUUUCUUCACUUUAUGGAAACGCGUCUUCAGUACCCAUCCUGUUCAUCGACUAUGUACUUUCCUCAUCGGCGCAGUAACGCUGUGGAUGGUUGCAUUCAUCCUCGCAACGAUUCUCCAGUGCGGGGGUCAUGUUUCUCGUAUUUGGUCAUCGAUAGAGGAUGUUAAUAACAGUAACACCUGCGCAAGCGCAAACAGGGGUAUUCUACUAACGGUGUAUACAAUCACCGAUCUCAUCACAAACAUACUAAUCACAAUCAUUCCUAUCUUUGUUAUUGUCGGGUUGAAUAUGCGGAUAGGGAGGAAGAUAGGGAUGAUGGGGCUUUAUAUUGUUGGUAUCUACAUAACCGGGAUUUCCAUCACAAGGACAUAUUUCACGAUAGUCCUGUCAUACAACAGCAAUGAGGAAGAGAGAAGGUUAUCUUUCAUGCAUGAAUUCACUUUACUAGCUCUGUGGGCUGUGGUCGAGGUAAAUGUGGGGAUCCUGGCUGCGUGUGUUACGGUUGUAACGCGGGGUGUGAGAGAGGUCUACGCUGAUAAACGGAAGAAGAAGUUCCAUAUGUUAUCCGGGGUGGCGUUAAAGGGGGAUCAUGACGGUGUGGGUGAUGAAGAGGCACAAGGAUUUCAAAUGAGAGAUGUGGUAUAGAAUGUGGAGGUCAGUUGGACCUGUGGGUGGUGUAUACUACGAUAAUGAUACUAUAUACCCUUUCC